AUGGCUACUAAAGAGGGAGGCGCGAUGGUGCCCGUGGGAGGGGGCGAUGCGGGCAAGACGGACACGCUGGGCUCCCAGGGGUCCCAGGGCCGCAAGAGGGCCGGCGGCCAGAAGAAGCAGAUGGCGGCCAACAAGUCGGCCCUGCGAGCCCCACGAGCCCUCUGCUGCCUCACCCUCAGCAACCCCAUCCGCAUGGCCGCCCUCGCCCUCGUCGAAUGGAAGCCUUUCGAUAUAUUCAUCCUUUUGGCCAUUUUAGCCAACUGUUGUUGCCUCGGAAUCUCCAAACCGUUCCCUGAAGACGAUUCCAAUGCCACAAACCACAACUUGGAACAAGUGGAGUAUGUGUUUCUGGUCAUCUUCACCAUUGAGACCUUCACCAAGAUCCUGGCGUACGGUCUGGUCAUGCACCCUAGUGCAUACAUACGCAGCGGAUGGAACUUGCUCGAUUUCGUCAUUGUUGUUGUUGGGCUCUUCAGCGUGUUUGCUGAGAUGGGCAACGACCACAAGCCGGGGGAGGCUCACCACGCUGCCGGAAAGCCAGGAGGUCUUGAUGUCAAAGCCCUGAGAGCUUUCAGAGUGCUGCGACCCCUUCGACUGGUCUCUGGUGUACCCAGUCUGCAGAUUGUGUUGAACUCCAUCAUGAAGGCCAUGGUGCCCCUGCUCCACAUCGGUAUGCUGGUCGGCUUCGUCAUCAUCAUCUACGCCAUCAUCGGCCUGGAGCUCUUCCUCGGCAGAAUGCACAAGACCUGCUACUACAAAGGCACAGAACUGAACGUGGACGAUGACCCCACGCCGUGUGCGUUUGCCAAUAACGGCCGCUUCUGCCUGGGGAACAACACGGAGUGCAGGUCGGGCUGGGAGGGGCCUAACGGAGGCAUCACCAACUUCGACAACAUCUUCUUCGCCAUGCUGACCGUCUUCCAGUGCAUCACUAUGGAGGGAUGGACCGAUGUCAUGUACUGGAUGAACGACGCCAUUGGCAUUGAGAUGCCCUGGGUCUACUUCGUGUCUCUGGUCAUCUUCGGCUCCUUCUUCAUCAUCAACCUUGUAUUGGGAGUGUUGAGCGGUGAGUUCUCCAAGGAGCGAGAGAAGGCGGUGGCGCGCGGGGAGCUGCAGGAGGCGCAGGAGAAGAAGCAGAUGGAGGAGGACAUGGUGGGCUACAUGGACUGGCUCAUCGAGGCCGAGGACGUCGACGAGGACGGCAACAAACGUGCUGUGGUGGCCAAGAAGAAGAUGAUGAAGAAGUACGGCUGGUACAAGCACAGUGAAGAUGGAGAAUCGGAAUCAGAUUCAGAGUUUGAAGCAUUCCUUGAUGAUGAUGGAGGCUGCUGUGCCUCUAUUACGCAACGGCUAAUGGCGAUCAGCUUUUGUGAGCAGCUGUUCCACCUGAACCAGGCGAUGCGUAAGAACGCGCGCGUGGCGGUGAAGACCUCCAACUUCUACUGGCUGGUGCUGCUCCUGGUGUUCCUCAACACGGCCGCCAGCGCCUCCGAACACUACGGACAGCCCAAGUGGCUCACAGACAUACAGGAACGAGCUAAUAAAAUCCUGCUGGGCCUCUUCACUAUGGAGAUGUUGUUGAAGAUGUACAGUGUUGGCAUGCAGGUCUACUUCAUAGCGUUGUUCAAUCGCUUCGACUGUUUCGUGGUGUGCGGUGGCAUCCUGGAAACGGUGCUGGUCGAGACGGAAGUCCUCCCUCCCAUCGGCAUCUCUGUGUUGCGUUGCAUUCGCCUGCUCCGUAUCUUCAAGAUCACAAGGCACUGGGCUGCUCUCUCCAACUUGGUGACGUCUCUGCUGAACUCCAUGAAGGCCAUCUGCUCUCUGCUGCUGCUGCUCUUCCUCUUCCUCAUCAUCUUCGCCCUGCUGGGCAUGCAGCUCUUCGGCGGCAAGUUCAACUUCGACGAGACGCAGAUGAAGAGGAGCACCUUCGACUCCUUCCCCUCCGCACUCCUCACCUGCUUCCAGAUCCUGACUGGAGAGGACUGGAACUCUGUGAUGUAUGACGGCAUCAUGGCCUAUGGUGGACCUGUCUUCCCCCAGAUGAUUGUCUGCAUCUACUUUGUCAUUCUGUUUGUCGUUGGUAACUACAUCCUGCUAAAUGUCUUCUUGGCUAUCGCUGUCGAUAACUUGGCCAAUUCGAAAGGGAAGACCAAAGUCGAAGAAAAGAAAGAGGAUGAUGAGGAGUGGGAGGAUGAUGAAGAUCGAGAAGAAGAAGAGGAGCCUGAGGAGGACGACUGGGAGAACGAGGAGCUGAGAGCCAUAGAGGGACUGGAGGGAGUGGGUCUCCCAACGAAGGCGGAGAGCUUCCAGCCAAAAGAGAAGAUUGUCCCCAUUCCUGACGGCAGCUCCUUCUUCCUCCUCGGCAAAAAGAACUGCCUGCGUGUAGCGUGCCACAACCUCAUCCAUCACCACUACUUCACCAACCUCAUCCUCGUCUUCAUCAUCUGCAGCAGCAUCUCAUUGGCCGCUGAGGACCCAAUCAGAGCGCACUCCUUCAAGAAUAUCGUGUUGGGCUAUGCAGAUUAUGUCUUCACCUCUGUCUUCACCGUGGAGAUCGUCCUGAAGAUGACGGUGUACGGAGCGUUCCUCCACCAGGGCUCCUUCUGCAGAAACGCCUUCAACCUGCUGGACCUGCUGGUGGUCAGCGUCUCCCUGCUCUCCUUCUUCCUCCAUUCGAGCGCCAUCUCUGUGGUCAAGAUCCUGCGUGUGCUGCGAGUGCUCAGGCCUCUGCGAGCCAUCAACAGGGCCAAGGGACUCAAGAGUGUGAUCCAGUGUGUGUUCGUGGCCAUCAAAACCAUCGGCAACAUCCUGAUCGUCACCACCCUGCUGCAGUUCAUGUUUGCCUGCAUCGGCGUCCAGCUCUUCAAGGGUAGAUUCUUCAGUUGCACAGAUGAAGCAAAGCACACUCCUGACGAAUGCAAGGGCACGUUUAUCGUCUUUAAGGAUGGAGAUAUGAACCAUCCUAUGGUGAGGGAGCGUGUGUGGGAGAACAGCGAAUUCAACUUUGACAACGUGCCCAUGGGCAUGCUGGCUCUCUUCACCGUCUCCACCUUUGAAGGCUGGCCACAGCUGCUGUACAAAUCCAUCGAUGCGAACCAGCCCAACCGCGGCCCCAUCUACAACCACCGCGUGGAGAUCUCCAUCUUCUUCAUCAUCUACAUUAUCAUCAUUGCCUUCUUCAUGAUGAACAUCUUCGUGGGUUUCGUCAUCAUCACCUUCCGCGAGCAGGGAGAGGCCGAGUUCAAGAACUGCGAGUUGAAUAAGAAUCAGAGACAGUGUGUGUACUAUGCCCUGAAGGCCCAGCCUAUAAAGAUCUACAUCCCUAAAAACCCGUCGCAGCUCAAGUUCUGGAGGAUCAUCAACUCGUCUCAGUUUGAGUACAUCAUGUUCGUACUCAUCAUGUUCAACACUCUCACGUUGGCUGUGCAGCAUUAUCAACAGUCUGCCCUCUUCACUUCGGUCAUGGACACGUUGAACCUGAUCUUCACACUGGUCUUCACUGUGGAGAUGGUCAUCAAACUUCUGGCUCUACGGCCUUAUCAUUACUUCAUAGAUGCAUGGAAUGCGUUUGAUGCGCUAAUUGUCGUUGGGAGUGUCCUGGAUAUUGCAGUCACAGAGCUAAGUGGAAGUGGAGGCCAUGGAGAGGGAAAAGGGGAAGGCGAGAGUUCCAAAGUGUCCAUCACGUUCUUCCGUCUGUUCCGUGUGAUGCGUCUGGGGAAGCUGCUGAGUAAAGGCGAGGGCAUCCGCACGCUACUCUGGACCUUCGUCAAGUCUCUGCAGGCCUUGCCCUAUGUCGGUCUGCUGAUCGCCAUGAUUUUCUUCAUCUAUGCUGUAAUCGGCAUGCAGACUUUUGGCAAGAUUGCUGUAGAUGACAAUACCAACAUCAACCGCAACAACAACUUCCAGCAGUUCUUCAUGGCUGUCCUGAUACUCUUCAGGUGUGCUACAGGAGAACAGUGGCAGGAGAUCAUGUUGGCCGCGUUGCCAGGUCAGCGCUGCGACCCCGAGUCUGAGUUCGGUCCUGGUGAGGAGUUCACGUGUGGCAGUAACCUGGCCUACCUCUACUUCAUCAGCUUCUUCAUGCUCUGCUCUUUCCUGAUUAUCAACUUGUUCAUUGCCGUCAUCAUGGACAACUUUGAGUACCUGACCAGGGACUGGACCGUGCUGGGGACCCACCACCUGGACGAGUUCAAGAGGGUCUGGUCCGACUACGACCCAGAAGCCUCGGGUCGAAUAAAACACCUGGACGUGGUGACUUUGCUGCGACGCAUCCAGCCUCCGCUCGGCUUCGGCAAACUCUGCCCUCACCGAGUGGCCUGCAAGAGGUUGGUUGCUAUGAACGUGCCACUGUAUCCUGACGGGACUGUGUCCUUCAACGCCACGCUGUUUGCUCUCGUCAGAUACUCACUCAAGAUUAAAACUGAAGGUAAUAUCGACCAAGAGAAUGAGGAGCUGAAAGGUAUCAUCAAGAAGAUCUGGAAACGCACCAAACCUAAACUCCUGGAGGAGGUCAUACCGCCCCCUAGAGGUGAGGAAGUGACUGCUGGAAAGUUCUACGCCAGCUUCCUGAUCCAGGACUACUUCAAGAAGUUCCGCAAGAGGAAGGAGAAGGAGAGGAAGAAGAAGGGCAAAGACAAGUCUGCCUCACUACAGGCUGGUCUGCGUACGCUGCAGGAUCUGGCCCCUGAGAUGCGCAUGGCGAUGGGCAUGGACGAGGAGGGAGGAGAAGGAUACGACGGCGAGACCACCGAGGACGAAGGAGAAUUCUUCAGGAGUGACAGUGUCUUCAGCGACGCCCCCAUGACCCCCACCCCGGGCAGCACUCCCCUGCCCAACAUGUUCGACGAGACGGCCGUGUCCAUGGAGGGGCUGCCCCGCAUGGCCAAGAUGCCCCCCGGGGGCGCCCGCAUGAUCGAGGAGGCCUUCGCGGAGGUGGAGUCCAGGCCCGUCUCCUCCAUGUCCAUGGGCGACGAGGUGGUCAUUGAGCAGCCGCAGAGAUCCGUACCACUCAUCAGGAUGGAGGCGGUGGACUCCCCAGCCCCGAUCCCGAGCCCCACCCCAGAGAUCCCCCCCUGCUCCCCCAUGCCCAUGUCCCCCACCCCGGAGCCCACCCUCCCUCCCGCCGCCCCGACCCCAGAGCCCCUCGCCCCCGGGGGAGGGGUGUCCUACCCACCGCAGCCUCAGCCCGUGGCCCAGCCACCACCACAGCCAGUGGUCCAGUCUCCACCGCAGGUAGCUGUGCAGUCCCCACCGCAGGUCGUCGCCCAGUCUCCUCCACAGGCAGCCGUGGCACAGCCGCCCCCUCAGCAAUACGUGCAGCCUGAAGCAGUACCACAGCCUGUACCCCAGCAGCAGUAUGUCCAGGCCCCGGUACAACAAUACGCACAGCCCCCUGUUCAGCAAUACGCCCAGGCCCCCCCAGGCCAACAAUAUGUGCAGGCCCCCCCAGCCCAGCAGUACGCCCAACCCCCAGCUGCCCAGCCCUACGGCCAACCUCUGCCUCCAGGCAUGGCUCAGCUCCAGCCACAGCAGUACAUCCCAGACGACGCACAGAGCAUCGCAUCAGACGGGUCAUGGACCCCAGCUGACUCCCCUCAGCCCCCGGUCAGCAUGGGUGGCGCUCCCCCUGGCUCUCAGACCAUGCCGGGUAACGGCUACCACCCCAACGGCUACCCUGUCAACGGCUACAACGGUAACGGCUACCCCGUCAAUGGCAGCGGCUACCCCGUCAAUGGCAACGGCUAUGGCAACGGCAAUGGCUACGCUAGCAACGCCUCCAGCGUCUACAGUGCUAACGGCUCCAAUGGCAACGCGUUCAACAGCUUCCUGUCACGACGACGGCUACCUCAGACACCAGGAGGCCGCAAGCCCUCCUUUAACGUCCAGUGUCUGAGGAGUCGCACGGUGGAUGACGAUCUGCCCCCUUCAGCCACCUACCAGCAGAACACACGCCUUCGACCACAGCUCAGUCAGGGCGGGUACGACUGGCGUCCGGACAGCGCGGCGUCCAGCGGCUCGUCGGCCUCGUGGGCCACGGGUAAUGAGCAGCGCCGCGGCCGCCUGCUCUAUGCCCCCCUGAUCCUGGUGGACGAGGCCCGGGGCACCACCCAGACCGUCUGGAACCCAGACGCCACCGGCAGCGCCAGCCUGCCCGCCACGGCCCGUGCCGGCUGGAGGACAGGCACCCCCGCCGCCAUCACGCAGGGGCCCGGCGCCGCCCCGCGCGCCUACAGCACCCUCCGGGCACCGCCCAGCGAGGGCUUCGUCGAGAAGGGCAGUGCGGACAACCUGGUGGAGUCGAUUCUUCUUAACGAGGGCCUGGGCCUGUACGCCAAGGACCCAAAGUUUGUGAACUUUGCCAAGCGCGAGAUCGCAGAGGCGUGUCACAUGACCGUGGACGAGAUGGAGAACGCGGCGACCGACCUGCUGACCCGCGGCCGCACCGGACAGACGCUACGCUUCGAGGAAGAGCUAGCCGACGAGAUGAACUGUGUCAUCACCUACUGAGACGUUGGGAACUGGUGCAGAUAAGGAGAACUCACUACAGUCAGAGAGUGCGCCGUGCACAUCAGUAGCACAGGUGCUGGACAAAACAGAAGAGAACUGAAAGGAAAAGAUGAAGGUCCGCACUGCAGCACUGUUCGAUGCCUCCAAAUAAACUUUAUAUUUGGGAGCAUCAAACAGUGUUUCGGACCUUCAUCUUUUCCUUUCAGAGGAUGGGGAGAACUCACCAGGAAACUGAACUGAUGAACUUGGCAUUUGUGCAAUCACUCUGUGAAGGAGAAAGACUCUCAGAUGCUCUGGUUCAACAAGAGGCAAUGGUAUUGCUUGGUAAUGGCAUUGCUUCCACUCUGCUGAUGAACAGUGCAUAUUGGGGAAAAGCUUCACUGAUCUUUAUUUUAAAAAAAUAACAUUUGGAAAGCUUAGAAUGAACAUCAGGGGGGAAAAAAGACAAAACAUCUUUUCCAGUGCGCAAUGUUUUCGUGCUCCACAAUGAUGAAUCCAUGUUCUAAUGUUGGGCUCCUGCUGUAAUUUUUGGGAACGUGUCCUGGGGAAAGACAGGUUGUGCAAAGGGGUUGGUAAGCAGUCUGGUGGAGGGAGGAGGAGUCUUAAUACAACACUACGAAUCACCUCUUUU